AUCGACAGAUAUCUGUACACGCGUACGUAUGGACACACACAUACGUACAUGCACUUACAUGUAUGUGCAUGUCUCUCAUCAUGGUCAAUGACAGAGUCCAGCCACCCACUAUGCCACCCACUAGUUAUCGGUAGUCUUCUUUGAGUAUCCAUCUGCCCGGCACCGUCGGUCCGGUGCUCUUGUGGAAGGUGCAGAGACCCUUCAGCAGCUGCUUGAACACUGCCUUCUGGAACGACGGCACACGGGCACCGAACUCCUCCAGCACCUGAGAAGAGAGGGAGGAGACACACAAUGGUGGACAAAACCGUCACGCGACAUCCUCCCAACCGCACCCACCCGCACCCACCUCUCCUGUUGUGGCCGUGUAGUUCUUGUCUGCGCCGAGUCCAUGAAAGAACUCCAGCAGCUCCCGGCCCUUCUCCAUCUCGAAGGAGUGGGUCUUGACCUCUUCCGCCUCCUCCCCCCUGCUCUCUUCAGACGUGUUGCUCGUCUGCCGCUGGCUGGGUGGCGGCUCGCUCGGCGCCGCCACUGUCCCGGUGGCACCGAGUGUCUGCGACAGCUUCUUGAGCCCUGCCAGCAGGGAUGCGGUCGCCGGCGACUCCUUGGGCGCCUUGCCGGGCAGCCGACUCGCCGCAGAUGAGGCAGCCGAGCCCGGAGGAGCACCAGCACGGCCGUGGCGGCCAGUCCAUGUCGGCACCUGGUGGACACCCAUACAGGUGUAUGAGAUGCGCUGUCCGUUGUGUGGUCUGUGUGUGGCUCACAUUGAUGCCGUAGGACUGUCGCUCUCGCUGUGCCUUCUUUAACGCGGCUAGAGCCCUCGACGCUGCACACGCACGCAAUCCAUAUGGAUGGACGGGCAGGUGGUGAGCGGUGGACGGCCGAGCACUUUCCCAUUUUGUGCAGCCAGGCAGCCGACCUGUCUUCUUGCUGUCAUCGUUGACCAGGGCCGAGUCGAGAUGGGACGUCUCGAGCCUAUCGUGCGACAUGGCCGUCUGCACGCCCUGCUUGCUGAACAGCGUCUCGAGCAGCUGGUUGUGCUGCUCCGUGGCACCCUGGCUCAGCUGGUGGUUCUCGCCGAGCGGCUGCGACGCCGCUGAUGUGAAGGCGUCCGUCGUGGUGGUGCCGGUUGCCGUCACAGGACCCGACUUGGCGACGCGCUUGAACAACUCACGGUACCUGCAGCAUACAGACGCGAGAAGCAUGCAGCGAUGAAGACAAAGCGGACGUGUGUGUGUUGCGUGCGUCUGACCGGUCGGGCAGCUCCUCGAUGGUCUCAGGGUCGAAGCCCGGGGGCGGCGGAGGCAUAUCGAACAACUCCUGAGAGAGAGAGGAGAGAGGAUUGGAUGUUUGCCACAUGGGUCUGAGGUUUCUCUCUUUGUCUGUUCGCUGACCUGCAGGUCGUUCCACUUGAAGAACCGUCGCUGCUUGGGGUCGUCGAGGACCUUCUGGCUGAGGAAGUGCUUGAAGAUCUGCCGGUGGUAGAUCUUCUCCUCCAGGGUGCCCGUCGACAGCAGCCGAUAAACCGUCACCUCCCGCGUCUGACCGAUCCGCCACGCACGCUCGCGCGCCUGACAACACACACCACAAGACACUUGACGAUGGCCAACAAGAGUUCCGUGGGUGUUAUGUUCUUCCCACCUGCACGUCGGUCAUGGGGUUCCAGUCUGGGUCGAAGAUGACCACUCGGUCGGCACCGAUGAGGUUCAGCCCAACACCGCCCACACGUGUCGUCAAGACCAUCGCAAAGAUGCUCUGACAAGUGAGGCAGAUGGUUGCUGCCUCGCUUGUGCGUGUGUUCUCUUUGCUCACGGUGUCGCUGUUGAAUGAGUCGAUGAGAACGGCCCGCUCCUUGAUGGCCGUCUGGCCGUCCAUCCGGAUGAAUGUGUAGUCGGCGGCCGUCAUGAAGGAGCAGAUCAUCUUGAGCAUCUGGACCGUCUGGCAGAAGACCAGCACCCGGUGGCCGUCUCGGUGCCACGUGGCGAAGAUCUCUUUCAGCACCUGCAUCUUCCCUGACCUGAUGGAUGGAUGGAUGCAUCACGACCACACACAGCACACCAUGAGCCAUACCACUAAAGUGUCGUGUGUGUACCUGGCGGGGUUGCCGAAGUCCUCCGGGCGGCCAUCCUCUGGCUCAUCCAGGAGCAGGAGGUCGGGAUGGUUGCAGAUCUUUCGGAGGACCGACAAGACGAAGAAAGCUCGAGCACGUGACCUGAACCCACGCACAUACGACCAUACGCAGUACGGCAGCACCGUCAGUGCAGUGGCACUUGGCUGUGUGUCUGUGUCUUACUGCAUAAGCUCGCCCAUUCGAUGUCCGGUGAGGAAGUCGACGUACACCUGAUACUGCGCGACGCUGAGGUUGCAAAACAGCACCUGGUCGACAUAGAAAGGUGAUACAUCCUUUGUUGGUUUGUUCGCUCAUCCCUCCACCCAGCUUCGUAAGGAUCGUGUUGUGCUCUGCUCACUUGUUCGGAUUUGGCGGGCAGCUGCAGGAUUUCCUGCACCUCCUUCUUGCUCCGUCGCAGCAAGUAGGGCUGCGUCAACUCCCUGACAGGUCAGCAGCACAAGAAGCAAGAUGGUCCAUUGCCGUGUGUUUGUCAUCAGAUGCCUGCCUGCCUUCAUUUUCACCUCAGCAGCACCGCGCAGCGAUAGCCCGCCUGGACCCUUGCCUGUGACGCAUUCAGGUAACCGCCCUGCAACACACAUGCGCACGUGGCGCGUGUCGAUCCCUGUAGUCUUCUGCGGCGUGUGUUGUGUGUGUAUGCGCCGAUGUAGAUACCAGUCUGAUGGGCUCGGCGAACUCUUCGAUGAACACAGGCAGCGUGCCCAGGCGGCCGGGGAAGCAGAAGUCGAACAGCGACCACAGCUCACGCAGGUUGUUCUGGAUGGGCGACCCGGACAUGAUCAGCCGGUGCGACGUGUCAAACUGAUAGAUAUAUACAUGGAUAAGCAGACAGUGGUGAUAUCCUCCCUCUGUGUGCGUGUGUAUGUGUGUGUGUGAAGGUACCCUUUUGACGGCUUGUGUGAUGGCUGCGUCGGGGUUGCGGAUCCUCUGCCCCUCAUCCAGGAUUACAUAGUGCCAUCGCUUGUCUAGCAGCAGGUCCUGCACACGCGCACACGCCACACACCGACAUGGACCCCAUGAGAUCCACUUCUCGGCGCUCUCGCGUGCAGCCCGCCUGCCCACCAGAUAUGGCCGCAGCGAUUCGUAUGACGUCAGCAGCACACCGCACUGGCUGCUCGCUAUCUCAGCCGCCUGCACCCGGCCCUUCGGACCCUUCACACAACACACAUAUACGCACGCACACAUACACAUACCCGGCCGUGAAUGAGUGCACUGCACUAUCUAUCAUCGGGCUCCUCACCUUCUGAUGGAAGAUGCACACCCGCAGCGGCGGGAACCAUGUGUGCAGCUCGUUCUCCCACUGCUUGACCAUCGUGGCUGGACACGCUAUCAGCACCCCACCGCCCUUGCUGUGCGUCGCAUCCUCACUGCUCGACGAAGGGACGGGAGACCGCCGCUCGGGGCCGGCAAACUCAUCGUCGUGAGAAAGGCCCUCCUGAUGGCACCACACACGCACGGACAGUGACGUUGGUGCACUGUUCCGCCCAUCCAUCCGUCCGUCCCACUUGGAGGAUGCUGGAGUGAUGCAGGGCGGCGAUGAAGGCAGCCGUCUGGACGGUCUUGCCUGCACACACAUCCACCAGACGACACAUGAGGGCCACAGAAUCAUAGAGAAUGGAUGGCCGGGAUGGAUGUGCUGUGUGACGUACCCAGUCCCAUCUCAUCGCCGAGCAGCCCGCCCACCCCCUGCACAUGCAGCCCCCACAGCCACCGCACGCCGUCCUGCUGAUACGAGUACAGCGACUCCCACAGCCAACGGGGCAUCCGCAGACGCCUCCCUCCCUGCUGCUGCUGCUGGUGGUGGUUGUAGACCGACUCCGGGAUAACCGCCCCAUGCACACUCUCGCGCGACGGCAGCUCCACCUCCACCUCGCUGUUCAUGUCCCCCUGCCGCGCCUCGAGCCACUCCUUCAUGCGGGCCUCGUACACCUUGUCGGAGGUGUCGUCGUGGGUCUGCGGCUCGUCACUGCCCUGCUCCAGCCUGCGACGCUUCGCUCGCCGAUUGGGCCGCUCGUCCGACAGGUCGCUCAAGCCCUCACUGCUCUCGCUGUCGCCACUCAGGAUGCGGUCACGUAUCCGCCUCGGCGCCACGCCGCCGCCCUUGCCGUCGCCAUCGGGCCGCCACUCGCCAUCGGAUGACUGGUCGUCAUUCUCGAGGCUCAGUGGGGAGGGGGUGGGGGAGCGCCUCUUCUUGGGGGCGGUCUUGCUGGCUGGUGGUGGUUUGGCCUGGGGCGGUGCUGGGGCGGGACUGCCGCUGGCCCGCAGUCUCUUGAGCUUCCUACGUUUCUCCACCUCCUGCUGACUCUUGGGCACCAGCAGACGGCCGUCGACGUAGCGGAAGAACGAUGACUUGUGCUCACCGUUGCGACCUCCGCUGGCCCCGGCGGGCUCGCUCCUCCCUGACGGCUCACGAUCGAUGCCAUCGUUGGUGUGGGCACGUUUGGCCUUCUGCCGCUCGGCUGGCUGGGCAGCGGCUCUCUUGGGACCACUUUUGUCACCAGAAGCGGGAGGGGGAGGGGGGGCGGGGCCAUGGCGUCGAUUCUUGCGCGCGAUGCGCCCAACCGACACGUGGUGUGGGGCGGCGGAGGCAGCAGCACUGCUUGACGGCUCGGCUCCGCUGUGACUGUUGCGGAUGUCGUCGUGCUGCUUCUGCCGCUGGGACUUGAGAGAUGCGACUUUGUCACUGAGGGACUGCCGCUGCUGCUGGAGCUGACCCAGCUGCUCCGUGCACCGGUUGAACAGCCGGUGGUCCUCUACUUCAUGCUGCGGCCGGCCCGGCACUGACAGACAGACAGACCGACAGGCAGGCAGAGAUCACAGCAUGGUCGAUGUCCAUCUGUCGUGCACAAUGUCAGCUUACCAUUCUCUGUCUUGGUGCCGUCCACGCCCCGCUGUGCCAGCUGCUGCAGUUUGGCAGAAACAGCCUGUAUGUCCUUGGCGUGCUUCUGCAUCUGCUGCCGGUACGACUGCUCCUCGUACACCAAAUCCAGCUGGUUGAGCACACCCUGACACCACACACCACAAAACGACAGAACAGAGAGCACAUCGAUAGAUGAGUUAUCUUCACACGAUGGACAAGACAGGUUGGUUUGCCUUUUCUGAUGACCUUUUCGACCCGACGGCUGUCGACUGCUUGCACGCCAAGCUGUUGAAGGCGCUCCAUCGAGCCAUCGCUGAAGCACAUCGACACACAGCAACCAUGGAACACAAACACAGGAUCAUCCGCGUGUUUGGCUAGUCUGCUGACCUGAGGCCAGGGAGGUCGGUAUGGUCGUGCUUCUCGUCCUCAUGGUUGGCUGCUGCCGGCUCCCCGUCCACCGGGAACCCUCUCGACGACGAUGAAGUCAUGUUCUUGUCGUCGAUAUUGCUACAAACGCAGAAACCUCCAUCUGCUUCGCCUGUGAGUCGCCUGCUAC